GGCGGGAAGAGGCAAAACACGCGUAGGGAGCGCGCCGUGACGGUUCCUGUUUUUACGGUCGCGCGGCCCGGAACCGCUGUUGCGCGAGGGGAAUGCGCGACGCCCGGUCGGUGCUAGGCCCAGACGAAUGUCCACGUCUCCAGAGCCCAUACUCGCGUCUCCUUCCCUCCCUGACGCCCCCCUCCACCCCCGUCCCGGGCUGUCAAGCUGCGGGACGAGCUGCUGGUCGGUCUGUCUCUUCUGAAGCGUGCAGCUGGAUUUGCUUUAUUCACUUCGAAAGUAUCUUUUAGUGGCUCCCAGAGCCAUUUCUAAACCGUAGAGGUUACAAGCAUUCCACUGAACAGCCAGUUACAAAUCUUGUCAUCAAAUCAUGUGCUCCUGUCCAGGUGAUAAUUGAUACAUAAUAUUUCUUUCACUGAAAAGAAAUGAGUGUAACUAGUAUUGCAUUGAGAGUCGAAACCUGGCUUUCUGCUACGUGGCAUGUUAAAGUACCUCUUAUGUGGCUGGAAGCUUGUAUUAAUUGGAUCCAAGAAGAAAAUAAUAAUGUUAAAUUGAGUCAGGCACAAAUUAAUAAACAAGUAUUUGAGCAGUGGCUCCUAACUGAUUUGAGAGAUUUGGAGCAUCCUCUUCUACCUGACGGCGUUUUGGAAGUUCCAAAAGGAGAACUGAAUGGAUUUUAUGCUGUGCAGAUUAAUUCAUUGGUUGAUGUAAGUCAGCCUGCAUAUUCCCAGAUACAAAAGUUGAGAGGAAAGAAUACAACAAAUGAUCUCGUUACAGCUGAAACACAAGUACCCCAGAAACCUUGGGAAGCAAAGCCUUCACGAAUGUUGAUGCUACAGAUAACUGAUGGGAUCAUACAAAUGCAGGGAAUGGAAUAUCAGUCUAUUCCAGCUCUUCAUAGUGGUCUUCCUCCAGGCACAAAAAUUUUGAUUUAUGGAAACAUUUCUUUCCGACUUGGUGUUCUCUUAUUGAAGCCAGAAAAUGUAAAGGUGUUGGGAGGUGAAGUAGAUGCUCUUUUAGAAGAAUAUGCCCAAGAAAAAGUACUUGCAGGAUUAAUUGGGGAAUCUGAUCCUUUAGUCUCUGUCAUUCCAAGUAAUUCCAACCAAAGCCUUCCCAGAAAUACAGAUAUUCUAGAUCCUGCAUUAGGACCUUCUGAUGAAGAACUCUUGGCAAGUCUUGAUGAAAAUGAUGAACUUGCAGCAAAUAAUGACACCUUAGAAAGAGGAUAUCUCAGCACAGGUAGUUCUUCAAGUACUAAAACCACAAGACAGUCAAGUUUUGAACCAGGUUAUGUUAUUUCUCCAAGACCAAAGGAGGAACCACCAAAUCAACCUGUGCAUUUCACUGAUGGAGAAUUAGAUGACUUUUCACUGGAGGAGGUCUUACUUUUAGAAGAAACUGUCCAGAAAGAACAAUUGGAGACUAAAGAACUGCAGCCAUCGACGUUGAACAGGAACACAGAUAAAACUAUAGAGAGAAUUUCACAUAAAUCUAAUACUCUGAAUAAUUCUUCUUUGAUUUGUAAAAAUGGAAACAACAACUGGGAUGAAAAAAAAGUAUCUGAACAAAUAACUAAUGAAGACAGAUCUUUCGGUAGUCCAUCUGCUAGAGAACAAAAUAGCAGUGUUUUUUCAGUUGGUCAUAAUGUGCCCCCACCCAAUGAUUUUACAAAUAAAGAUAAGAACUCAAAGACAGAUAAUAAAGUAAAACAAGCCAUCAGCAGUUCAGAUAGACAGUCCUCUAAUAAUGAAAUAUUAAGUAGAGAGCUGGUCAGUCAUGUACCAGAAAGGAAUUUACAAAUGUCUAAUGAAAAUGAUCACCAUUUACAGACUUGGUCUUUAAAAUCAUCAGAGAAUAACAGUAAUCAUUCUGUCACCAUGGAUUUGUAUUCUCCACCUUUUACCUAUUUGUCUGUUUUAAUGGCCAGCAAACCAAAGGAAGUUACAGUAGUUAAAGUCAAAGCAUUUAUUGUGACCUUAACUGGAAAUCUCUCAAGCUCUGGUGGCAUUUGGAAUAUAACUGCAAAGAUUUCUGAUGGCACUGCGUAUCUAGAUGUAAACUUUGCCAAUGAAAUACUUACUAGUCUGAUAGGAUUUUCAGUACCAGAAAUGAAACAGUUAAAAAAGAAUCCUUGUCAAUACCAGAAGUUUCUAGAAGGUUUGCAGCGAUGUCAAAGAGAUCUAAUAGAUUUGUGCUGUUUGAUGACUAUUUCGUUUAAUCCCUCCUCGUCUAAAGCAAUAAUACUGUCAUUGGAAGAUGUUAAUAUGGAACACCUUGAGAAUCUAAAGAAGCGGUUGAAUAAAUAAUUUACUAAAAUAGUAUUAGAAAACAAAGUAACAAGGGUAUAUUUGAAUUACAAUUUUCUUUAUGUAUUUUUGAAAAUUUGUAAAAAAGAAUAGUUUCAUAAUUUAUUUCAGUUUAAUUUUAAAAUGUUUAAUCAUGCUUGUUGCAUGUAUAAGUUUUUUAAAUAAAAUUUGUUUUAUAGGACCUUAGUUGAAAGAAUUUAUUGUUGAGGAGUUUGCUUUCCAUUUGUUCCUUCACAUAAGAUGAUUACCAAAGUAUUACUGUGGUAUUCAGUGAUGAGUCAUACUGUUGAAAGUUAAUACAGGUGGUCCAUGAUGUAGGAUGUAUUCGAGUUAUGAUGAGCCACACUUGGGACUGCUAUUUCUUUUGUACUACAUACAAUGUUGCAGCAUGUAAUUUGCUGAUGUUACUCUCAGAUGUUCACUCAUAGAUGUUUAUAUGUAAUGUUUCCAAUCCCCAAAGACAAAGGCUGAAUUUAUAAAGAUAGUGAUAAUAGAAGGCAAUAAUAAUGAAAACUAAAUUAAAAAAAGAGGUAUUCAACUUAAGUGAGAACUGACUGAUGGCGAAGUCCGUAGAACGGAACCCUCUCGUAAGUCGGGGACUACCUGUAAUUACACAUAAAAAAAAAAAGUUUUAAUUCUAAUAAAUUGAGUACCCAAAAAGAUUUAUUUAUAUUGUUAUUCUUAGAAAAAAAUUGAAUCCAGUGUAUCUGAAUGUUGGACUUCCGGAUGCAAAUUGGUUUACUGGUUAUUUUGUUGAUUAUAAAUAUUUGCGUGGUAUAUUUAAGGUGAAUCUUAAUGUUAACUAGAUACUAUUUCAGAAGUUUUAUUGAAUGAUUAAAAAAUCAUUUUCAAGGAUAGUUUAUCUUAAAUGGCAUGUUGAAAACUUAGUUAUUAAGAUCCAGUAACGAUUUUAUUUAUCGCAUUAAGACCUUUAUCCAUGUUUUUUGGGUGGUAUUCCAUUUCUGAAUUAGCUCUACGUGUAAGCAUUUCUUUAGUUUUAUUGGCAGUGCUGAUUUUUUAAAGGGAGGCUGUUUACCAUCUUUUCCAUUUUGCUGUUAAAAAGUUACAUUUGAAAGGCAAAGUUAUUUUUAUUACUAUUUCUAAAAUUUUUAAAUUCAAGUGCCUUGAAUUUUAAAAAAUGCUUAAUAAUUAAAUGAAAGCAUUAUUUGCAUUUUAUUUUAAUGAAAAUAAUUGAAAAAAUCUGGAAGUAAGAAGUAUGUAUAUAAAAAUAUGAUAUAGAAGUAGUAGAAAAUUUUUUUUCUAGUUUUUUGCUGUUACUGUUUGAAGGAUGAUAAUCAGUUGAAAGCACAAGACAGAUGAUUGCUGCUAUAUUCUCUAAUAGUAAUCUCUACUACUACAAAAGAUCUAAUGGGAUGAGAUUAUCUUUAAUUAUCUUUCUCCUAAAUGUUCCCCUCCUGUACUCUGUGAGUGGUGCUUGAAAGCUGAGAUUAGACCUUAUUUUCUCUCUUCAUAUUUAGUUACUAAAGGCUGGGUAUCAUACUUUACCAUCUCAAUCUACCCUUCUAUAUUGGUUCUCAGUGCUUUGAUUCUGUGUUCAUCUCUGGCCUGGAUUAUUCAGUGUUUUCCUUAAUUAGUCUUUGCCUUAUUUUGCCUUCAAACCAUUCUCCAUAAUGCUGGCAGAAUGAUUUUUCUGAAAUACAUAUUUUCUUGUUUUCUCUUCGAAAUCUUCGUUAUCAACUGCUCCCUGCCUCCCUUACUUACACAGUGAAGUCCAAAACUCCUCAUCUAGUAGGUAAGCCCUUUUGUAAUCUGGUCACUGCCUUUUUUUCCUGACCUCAUCUUACCCCUGUUACUCUUCUUCCUACCUAGACUGGCCCUAAGUUUUAGUCAGACCAAAGUAUUUGUGGUUUCCCAAACCUAUCGGAAAAUACACCUCAUGCUUUCAGACCCAUGCUCAUAGUGCCCAUACUCCCUGACUCCUGCACCACCCAAAUUCACUCACAUUUCCAAACUCAGUUUAAGCUUUAGGUGCCCAUUGAAAUGUUUUGUGAAUUCCCCUGCCUGCUUCCAUGCCCUCCUGUACAUUCUGUAGACUAACAUCAUGUGAUUUUAUUGUACUUACUGAUUUGCUUCAACUUUGACACCAUCACAUUUUGGCAGGAUGCUUGUUGUAGGAGGCCAUCCUAUGCGUUAUAGAGUGUUUAUCAGCAUCCCUGGCCCCUACUAUUAGAUGCCAGUAGCAUCCUCCCAGAUGUGACACCAAAAAAAAACCUCUCCAGGUAUUGCCAGAUAUUCCUGUCUUAGUUAUAGAGUGCUGCUAUAACAGAAAUACCACAGGUUGAUGGCUUUAACAAACAAAAUUCUCAACAGUUUAGGAGGCUAGAAGUCUGAAUUCAGGGUGCCAGCUCUAGGGAAAGGCUUUGUCUGUCAGCUCAGAGGAAGUUCCUUGUCUUUUUGAGCUUCUGCUGCUGGGUGAUCUUCAUGUGGUUAGGCAUCUCUCUUCCCCCAUCUUACUAGCUUCACUUUCCUUUUUUAAUCUCUUGUAAGAUGAAAGGCAAUGCAGGCCACACCUCAAGGAGAAUUCCCUUAUAUCAGAUUAGGGUUGUGACCUGAAUAAGGGUGUUGCAUCCCACCCUAAUCCUAUUAGCAUGGGUUGCUAUGUUAACAAGUAUUUUUUUGGGGAAACAAUUCAAUCCAUGACAAUCUGCUAGGGCAUAAAAUCAUGGCUGAGUGUUUUACUCACUUUAGUAACUCCAGUAAGUGUUUAUUGAUAAUACAGAUAAGUCAUCAAAUCAUUAGUUUUAUUCCCUUGCUUGAUAUCCUUUAGUGAUUUCCCAUCAUCUGUUCCAUAGCAUGGUACUUAAAGCCCCAAAACUUCUGCAUACACAGCCCCUCAAAUAUCUACCCUCAUCAGGAAAACAGUACACUAGAAAAAUCUGCCCAAAAACAAAGAAAAACCUCAAGAAAACUUGACUAACCUGGCAGAAGGAAAUACACAUUCUCUUAGGAGAGGUAUGUACUCUUGACUCAGUCCACACACAGUUCCUACAGACAGCCUAACUAUAGAUGAGCUCACAGUCCAAAUUUAAAAAAUGAAGGGUAAAUGCAACUUUCCCACUCCAAAUGUUUCUUUCCGGGAGGGAGGGAGGGGGGAUGGAGCCUUGCUAUCAUUUACACUCCUAGACUUUCUUUGCCCCUUUACUUCAACCUAUCUCUGAAGAGGAAUGACUUAUGUAGUUGAUAAUUUGGGGAAGAGAAAAAUAGGUGUUAUCAGAUAUGCUUUCUCUUCCUUUUGGGAGUGGAUCUUACAGAGAUAAUAUGUUCACUACUCUGUUAGUCUUAACCUGGAUUGGCCCCUCUGCUGAGUUGGCUUCUGCCCUUGUCCAGCACUGCUUGUGGCUGGGUGGGUAAAUUACCCAAUUAUGGAGUUAGCAGGUACCCACACAAAGCUCUUAGUCAUGCAUGUACCUAAAAAUGACUAUAUAAUAUGCUCAAGAGGAAAAGUGAAAAGACAAGAUAGAAAUUUUCAGCAGGCAUCUAGGAAUUUAAAAGACUGAAUGGGAAUUGUAAGGAUAAAGAAUAUAAUAGCUAAAAUUAAGAAUUCAGUGGAUGAGUUUAACAUUGGAUGAAACAAAAUAGUGAACUAAAUUUAUCCAGAAGAAAAUAUUCAGAAUGAUGCAUGCAGAGACAAAAGAAUGGAAAAUAACAAGAAAAUAAUGAAACGGAUGUAGGGAAAUCAGAGAUAAGGUCUAACAACAUGCACCUGGAGUCCCAUAAAGAGAAGAAAUAGAGAAUAUAUUAAUGCUUGAGAUUUAUGAAAAAUUUAUGAAAUGAUAAUCCAUCAAGCUACAGACUAAUUGUAUAUUCAAAGAAAAUCAUACCUGUGCAAAUAUUACUAAUACUAUUGAAAAGCAAAAAAAAUCUGAAGAGCAGUGAAAGAAAUACGGCAUAUUAUCUUCAAAGGACCAGAAAUGUGAGAACUGACUUUCCAACAGAGACAAUGAAAUUCAGAAGAUAAUGGAAUGAUAUCCUUGAGUUUUGAAAGAAAAUCACUACCAACCGAAAGUUAUAUACCAAGCAAAAGUGUCCUUCAAAAGUCGGGGUGAAAUAGGUAAAAUUAAGACAUUUCACACACAAAAAAUGAGAAAUUUUCCCUAAUUGAACCUACCUAAAAGAAAUCACAAAAGUGUUAUCUUCAAACCACAUGAUACCAGAUGGGAGCUUGGAGGUACAAGAAGGAAUGAUGAUCAACAAGGUAAAUAUGUGGGUUAAAGAGUGAUUUUAAAUUGAAAAUAAUGUCUUGAGGGUUUUAAAAAACAAAGUUCCUGAGAACUGUAUAAUUGGGAGAGGGCUAAAUGGAGUUAAAAAGUGUUUUCAGGUUCUUGUAUUGUCUAAGGAAAGGUUAAACUGUAGUUUUAUAUUAGACUUGAAUAUUCAAAGUUUCAUGUAAUAUUUAGGGCAACCUCACUAAAAAAUUCAUUAAAGGGUAUAUUACUACCAAGCUAAUAGGGUAAAAAUGGAAUGACAGAAGAAUAAAUGUACACAAAAGAAAACAAAGAGAAAAGAACAAAUAAAAUGUGGUAUAUAGGAAAAGCAAAAACAAAACCCAAUUAUAUUCAAGAGACAAAAAUAUAGGGACACAAAAAAGUGAAAGGGUAUAAAAAGUUAUAUAAACAUUAAUCAAAAGAAAGCUGUGGUGGCUAUAUUAAUAUCCAAGCAGUAGAAUUUCAGGCCAAGGACUUACUAGUAGUAAAGAGAGUCAAUCUGUAAUGGUAAAAGGACUAAUUCACUAGAAAGGUUUAAAAGCAAAAAACCAAACCCAUUGUCGCUGAGCUGAUUCCAACUCACAGUGACCCUGUAGGACAGAGUAGAACUGACCCAUAGGGUUUCCAAGGAGCACCUGGUGGAUUUGAGCUGCUGACCUUUUGGUUAGCAGCCAUAGCUGUUAACUAGUAUGCCACCAGGGUUACCAGAAAGGUUUUAGCAGUUUUAAAUACAUAGAAUUUGAUAUUUGGCUUCCAGAUUUAUAAAACAAAGAACUACAAGGAAAAAUAGGUAAAUCCACAAUCAUAGAGGAAUAUUCUAACACACUCUUAAUUAAAAAUUUUUAAAGGUGGUAGACAUAGAAAAUACAUAGAAUUAACAAAUGACUUAACUAAUGUGUAUAGACUACUGUACUUAGCAAAUAUAUAGUACAUAUUUUUUAUGUACAUAUGGGACAUUUACACAAAUUGACUAUAUGGUGUACCAUAAAGUAUAAACAAGAUUCAGAGAAUUGAAAUCACACAGUAUUAUUCUCUGACCAUAAUUAAACUUGGGGAAAAAAAAACAACUAGAAAAUCCCAUGUUUGAAACUAUGAAACAUACAGCAAAGUAACCUUAGGUUAAGGAAAAAAAUCACAAGGGAAAUUGGACAACAUUUUAAUUAAAUUAUACAAAUAAAACAUCAGAAUUCUUGGAAUAUAGCUAAAGCCAUGCUUAGAGGGAAAUUUAUAAUCAGAUUCAUUUGUUAGAAAAGAACAAAGGCUGAAAAUCAAGUGAGCUGAGCAUUUAUCCCAAUAAGUUGUAAAAUCUGGAAAUGAAGCACAAAGAAGGCAGGAAACAAUAAAAGAGCCAAAUUUAUUGGAAUAGAAGGGAUGAACAAAACUAAGUGUUGCUACUUUGAGAAGAUUAAAACCCCUGGAAAGACUAUGAAAAAAGUGUGAAAGCAUAAGUAAGUAUUGGAAUGAAAUGGGGAUAACGCCCACUGUUGCUACAUACAUGUGAAAUCUUUCAAAAGGAUAUUAUAAUUAGCUUUGUGCUGACAAACUAAAAAAGUGAAAUAGUCAAAUACCUAAAAAAAUACAACAGAUAUCAGAAGAAAGGAAAGAUGAAUAAUAAAAGAUGAAUAACUCAUUUGUUAAAGUGAUGUGUAAUCUAUGUUCAACAAGGAUACUAAAACAAUGCAAUGGGGGGAAAUAAUAGUCUUUUCAAGAAAUGGUACUGGGACAACUGGGUAUCCACAUGCAAAAGAAUGAAGUUGAAUCCAUGCUUCACAGCAUAAACAAAAAUUAAUAUGUAAGAGCUAUAACUAAAACUUUUAGAAGAAAACAUAGGUGUAAGUUUAGAUAUGACCUCUAAAACACAAGUGACACAAGAAAAAAUGGUUGGAUUUCAUCAAAAACUUAAAAUUUGAGCUUUGAAGGACACUAUCAAGAAAAUGAAACGGCAACACUUAAGAAAAUGAAAUGGCAACACUUAAGCCUUAGUUAUCUAGUGCUGCUGUAAUGAAGUACCACAAAUAGGUGGCUUUAACAAACACAAAUUUAUCUCUCACAGUCUGGGAGUCUAGAAGUCCAAAUUCAAGGUAUCAGCUCCAGGGGGAGGCUUUAUCUCUCUGUUGGCUCUGGGGACAGGUGGUUGUCAUCAAUCUUUGCCUGGCCUAGGAUCUUCUCAGUACAGGGACCCUGGGCCCAAAGGCUGUGCUCUGCUCCUGGCACUUCUUUCUUGGUAAUAUGAGGUCCCUCUCUCUCUGCUUGAUUCUCUCUUAUGUCUCAAAAUAGAUUGUCUUAAGAUACAACCUAAUUCUGUAGAUUGAGUUCUGCCUCAUUAAGAUAACUGCUUCUAAUCGUGCCUCAACAUCAUAGAGGUUAGGAUUUACAACACAUAGGAUAAUCACAUCACAAAAUGGUGGGCAACCACAUAAUACUAGGAAUCAUGGCCUAGCCAAGUUGACACACAUUUUUGGGGGAUACAAUUCAUAAGUUUAGAAGUAGAAAAUAUUUACAAAUCGUAUCUGAUAAGGGUCUAGUGUCCAGAAUAUAUAAAGAACUCUUACAACUCAAUAAUAAAGACAACCCAGUUAGAAAAUGGGCUAAAUAUUUGAAUAGAUGUCCCUGGUGGCGCAGUGGUUAAGAGCUCGGCUGCUAACCAAAAGGUCAGCAGUUGGAACCCACCAGCCGCUCCUUGGAAACCCUAUGGGCCAGUUCUACUACAUCCUAUAGGGUUGCUAGGAGUUGGAAUCAACUCCAUGGCAAUGGGUUAACGGGUUUUCUUCAAAGAAGAUAUACAAAUGGCCAAUAAACACAUGAAAAGAUACUCAACAUAAUUAGUUAUUAAAAUGGCAAUGGGUUUGUUUUUUUUUAAUAAUCAUAUAGGGUCGCUAUGAGUCGGAAUUGACUCGAUGGCAGUGGGUUUUAACUAAUCAUGUUGAGCAUCUUUCUUCGCUAUAUUAAAAGGUUUGAUUGUAGUAUAUGUGGUGUCCUAACAUCAAGUCAGUCUGGCCUUGCCUAGUGGAGCUCUCCAUUACAGGGAUCUGGUUGGUUUGCUCUUGAUCAAUGGAUACAAGAACAGUGAAGAAAUAGUUCAUUACACAGGAAAUCACUAUUGCUAGAUUUUCCAUUGAUAACUGGCCUCUCCGGAUCUGAACAAGACCCAGGCCGUAACCUUUAGUCUUACACAACCCGUACAUUACUAGGUAAAAUUGCCCAAGAAGGACUAGCUGAAAAUCCUCCAAACCCACCAACAGUACUGUUUGUAUUGUAGGCCCAUAUCAACAACUGUGGGACUGGUUCAUCUGGUUAACUUCCCAAGUGGGGAGGCUACGUCAGGUUGCUUCCCUUUGCUGGGAACAAUCUAACCACACCCAUAUGAAUAACCCUGCUAUCACCAGAUCUAUGGGAUAUCUUCCAGUGUCUGAACGUGCAUCAGUUAUAACACUACAAGCUACUGAUUGGUUCUCCACUGACUGGCUAUGAUGCUCAGGUACCUACUGGGUAGCCUCUAAUGGCACUUUUCAGCUAUGUGGAUCCAACCUUUAGCCCUGACUUCCACCAGGCUGGAUUAGAAGAUGUUCUCUGAGCCUGAGCUGGACUCAAGCAUGUAUUUUAACUAAUCUCUCUUUACCAGCUAGUGUACCCAUAUUAAGAGCUCAAUGGUCUCAAAUGGUGCUUCAGUGGAUUGAUAAUACAGUGGCAGUAUUCUUACCUUAGGCAGGACUUGAAGAUGUUAUGGCACAUGUAGAAAUAUUAACCAAAUAUAUACAAACUGUCCUAAAUGAUAGUGUUCAUGGGCUUCAAGAGAUACCAAAAUGACAGUGAUGAGAAAAGUAGUAUUCCAAAAUAGAAUUGCCCUUGACAUUCUCACUGCAGCCCAAGAAGGCAACUGUGCCAUAAUAAAAUCUGAUUUCUGUGUUGUUAUUCCCGACAAUAGUAAUAAUAUUACACUCACUGUUGAUCAUAUGCAGUGUGUAGUAUCUUGCUUCAACAAUCUUGUUUCUUCCAUAACUGAAAUUACAAAUAAUUGGUUUUCUUCAUGGGGUGGGUAGUGGAAAAAAUUAUUACUUAUUUUGGAAUCUUUAUGUUUCUCAUUGCCUCUACUACUGUUGGAAACCCUGGUGACGUAGUGGUUAAGUGCUACAGCUGUUAACCAAGAGAUUGGCAGUUCAAAUCCGCCAGGUGCUCCUUGGGAACUCUAUGGGGCAGUUCUACUCUGUCCUAUAGGGUCACUAUGAGUCGGAAUCGACUCGAAGGCAGUGGGUUAGUGGGUUUCUACUAUUGUAAUUAUAAAAUGCUGUUUUAUUUUAGUUUAACACAUUUUAUUCCUGACAUGCUAUACUUCAAAACCAUUUGACCCUUCACAUAAAAUCAUGCUAGUUUCACAGGCUUUCACCAGUGAUCAUGUUGUGUAAUCAUUUCCCUUUUGUCUCUUUGGGCAUGUUUCAUCUUGACCUCGAUUGUUCUGUCUUGACGGAGAAAUAUUCCUCCAACAUGGCCUUGUCCUUUAAGAUGAUUGCCAUAAAACCUACUCAUCCUGAAGACAAGGCUUAUUAGCUCAGCAAGGUGAAGAAAAAUAACUUUAUUAGCCAAAGAUCCUCAGGAAAACAAAGUCCUUGCAGAAGAAAGUCUACUGUAUUGUGAGUGAUCAGCGCCCCUGAGCAAAGGCUUGAUCAAAAGGGGAAAAUGUGGAUGGAAAGUUUCAAAAUGGAGGCAGUCAUGUCAAGAUCUCAAAAUGGCAUGGCCAACAUGCAUUCCCAGGGAGCAAAAGGUCCGGAUGUAAACAGUUUAUUCCUGGGAGCAAUGUGUUUAUGACUCUAAUCAUGUAUAACCAAACUGCUGGCACCAUUCACCUGGGGAGUAUUGUCACUCCCUCCUAGCCAAAUGGCUGACCUUUUACUAUCAAAGAACUUCAAAGCUGAAGCUGAUUUUAUCUAUAAUAAAUCAUUAACCCCCACCUUUCCUUUGUUUUCUAUAUGUAAGCCCCCCAACUGCACAUGAAUAGUCAAGUUCUUUGUAUUUUUACUUAGUGUUGCUUAGCUCGAGCUGUGUUAUUCCACAGUAAAACUUUUUUUUUUUAACUUCUAACGGAGUAAGGGAUUUUAUUCUUUGACAAACUCAAUCAGUGAGUAAACCAGGCAGAUGUUAGAAGUGAUUCAAAGGGGAAGCCAAAACACAAAUUUUAUAUGGAAUAAAAGAAUGUUGAAAUUAGUGAAAUGGAGGCAUUAAUAAAAUAAUAAAAUGGAGGCAAAAUUCAUUUUUCCACAGUGGGAAAAGGCAGUCAACCUGUAUCUGGCAGGGCAGAAUUUGCAUGUCUGUAGACAAGGAUGGAAAGCCUGGUGGCGUAGUGGUUAAGAGCUACGGCUGCUAACCAAAAGGUCAGCAGUUCAAAUUCACCAGGUGCUCCUUGGAAACUAUGAGGCAGUUUCUACUCUGUCUUAUAGGGUCUCUAUGAGUCGGAAUCGAUUAAAUGGCAGCAGGUUUAUAGAAAAGGAUCGUUUUGCAUUGCAAUCAGUUAUCUACAGUUUAUGGAGUUGUGACAUGGACUAUACUUACAGUUAAGUGGCUUAUUAAGGAACAGGGUACAACUUGGGAUCAGGGUCAGCAGGCUACAAGUCAGGGUCUAGAUCAGGAAGCAUGUAGGCAAAGUGUCCCUUCUUCAGUGCAGGACAGCUCUCUCAGCUCCCCUUGGCCAUGCAGGCCUCUUCUUGGUCCCCUCAGGACGGGUGCCUCUUAGCUCACUCAGGACAGGCUCCUCUUGGUCCUGUAUACUGUCACCAAUGACUGCUGCAGGGCCCCUUCUCGGCCUGUCGCUGUCUUCAGUGUCACAGCCCUUGACCCAUGUUACCGUUCUUUUAGGAGGUUCCUUGCCUCCUCUGUUUCUUAUUUUUUCCUUCUGCUCUUCUGACUUCUUUCUGUCUCUAAAAAUCUCUGUAGUGUUGCCUACUUGUAUCUGCAAACUCCUCUGAUUUCAAGGCGUGGACCUCCCACCAGGGUCAUGAACUGACCAGUCCAACUGGUGGGCCACAGACACUUUAUUUGCAUGAUUCAUAGCCACUUUAUUUGCAUAAUUUAUUGACUAAUCCUUGCAAGAUGCAUACCAAUCACAGGGUAGCCUGCAGCACAGGGCCAGACAAAGUCAAGUUGUUUAGAGCUUGCUCAGGAAAUGUCAGUCAACCCGAACAAAAGUAACAAACCCUCUGGGGUGGAAAACUAGGGAAAAGAUAACUUCGCAGGGCUUAGGGGAAAAAGCUCUCAAGCUGUUUUUCCAAAGAACCAAGGCAAAAGGCCACAUAAAGGAUCUCAUUUCACCACAGUUGUUCUUUAGACAAUGCAUAGUUUUCCAUUCGUGCACACAUUUUUUUCAUCUUUAAUUUGACUUUAAACUCCCAUUCUCCUGGCCUGGGAAGAAACUCCCAUUCCUCAAACUCAACCCCGCAAAUUAUGUAGUUUAUGCUGUAGUCCAGGGUUGUGACAAAUUAAAUCUCAGUCAUUGCUGGAAACUCUCCCCUUCCAGCUACCAGGAUCAUGCAGAGGUCCUGAGAGGUCCAAAAUAUCUGGAUAGCCCUCUCUGUUUUCUGGUUAACAUAAAAAAUAAACAAAAACAUCAGCUGCCAUUGAGUUGAUUCCAACUCAUGGAGAUGCCACGUAUAUAGGGUAGAACUGUGUUUAAUGUGUUUAAUGGUUGAUUUUUUGGAAGUAGAUGACCAGGCCUUUCUUCUGAGAUGUCUCUGGGCAGACUUGAAGUUCAAACCUUUUAGUUAGUAGCUGAACACGUUAACCUUUUGCAUCACCCAGGGACUUCUUGGUUAACAUAGUAUAUUCUCUUGUCCAAACCUGAAAAUGGGUGGGCUUUGAAGCUUUUGUGUCAUAUAUAAAUCCAAGAAUCUUUGCCAUGGCUGCAAGUUUCUUGAUGAAUGCCAGGCACUAUGCUAAAUGAUUAACAAAUUUUUUUUUAUUACUUUAAAGGCUUUUUAGAACAUUUAAAAAGCAUUUUUUAAAGUAACACAAACAUAAUUGCAAAAUUACAUAGUAUAAAAAGACUCAAUGAAAACAAAGACUCAAAAACAGAAACAAAGUGAAAAGCAGCAAUCCCCUUUUUACUCUUGCUCCUUUCCCACUCUCAUUCUGCUCUCCAGAGGAAUCAGUAUCAACUCUUAAACUCUUAAACUCUGUUUUUAGUUUACAUACUAAUUUUCCCCAUAUAUAAGUUUACUCUUUUGGUUAGAAUUCGGCUAUAGAAUCUUUGAUCAAAAGCAUUCAUUAAUCUGAGAAACAGUUUUAACUCUCCUGGAAUCCAGAUUUCUGGGGUCCAUGGAGUUAGGGAAACUUGCCAAGGCCAUUGCCCAUUAGAAGUCCUUUUGAACCUUGAACCUUGAAGAAACUGGUUUCUAAAAGCCACCUUUGAAUCAAACAAUGGUCUAGAUAUACCAGUGGAGACGUUUUGCUUUAGGUAUUGGGCCGUUUUGAAGAAUCAUCUAUGUGCAGUAGUUUGAAGGAACAGAAACUCCAAGGUCAGAAUAGAAGUUUUGUUUUAGAGUGAACUAGUAACAUAUAAACACUGUCCUGGCCUGUUUCCGUAACAGUGCUGAUAAGAUGCAGUAUAAGAACUUUGGAAGUUCUUUUCAGAACAUUUUUGACUCCUUAGUGGAAAUGUUACCCCAAUUUGCAAAUCAUAUAUUCAACAAACUUAGAUCAAUUUUUAUUAUUGGAUUAAUGUGAUUUUUGUUUUAACAAAUGGUAGCUGAGCACCAUUCAAUUUUCUUCUGGUCUUGUGGCAAAGGAGACAGUUGUUAAUGGAGGAAAUCAGACAUGGAGUUUCGUUCCUCUUCCACCUGACUUCCCUUUUUCUCUGCUGCUCCAGAUGAAUAGAGACCAGUUGGUGUACCUUGGAUGGCAGCUCCCAAGCUUUUAAGACCCAAAUACUAUACAGUGAGCUAGGAGGUAGAACAGAAACACUAAGAACAAUAUUAUGCUAAUUGACUAGGCUAAUAACCAGUGAAAUCUUGACCCUGAAUCUCUGAGCCAAGAAAACAAAUCCCGUGAGGUGUUUGGUUAUACACGAGCAGCAUCAGUAAAUGUUUUUCAUGUGCCUCAGUAGCAGCUACCUUCUGGGAAACCUCAGAUUGCAUUUUAUCAGUAUAGACACAGCAACACUUAUUAAGGCACAGACUCCUCCUUGGGAGACUAAGAGGAAAUCUAAUGCUAAUCUAUUUUGUAAAGUCGUAGUUCGAACUUCAGAUACUUUAGUUAUGGUCUUCACAGCUUUUCUAAAUUUAUCAAUGGAAGCUUCUAACUUGAGGGUUAUAAUAUCUUAAAACAAGUAGAAAUCUAAUUUUUUCCUUUUAAUGCAGGAAUCAGCUAUUGCAGUAACUAAUAGUAGUAUACUGACUAUAAAGUAUCCUGUGGUAAGAGUUUUUGUCAUCUGCUUUCUUCUUUUAAUCCUUUUCAAGUUUCUUUUCUACUCUUAAUUUUUAUGUUGCUCUCAUAUUUCUUAUUUUUCCCUUUGGUUAACUGAUAAUGUAUAGACACAUAGGAAUAGCAUAACAAGAACCAUUCCAGUCUGCAGGUAGCAGACAAACCAUUAGUUACAUAGUUUAGGAGAAAGUGGUUUCUUAUAUCCAGAAAAUAGAAUAUCAAAACAUCAACAAUAUUCCUCACAUGAAACCCAUCCAUAAUAAUCUUCUCAUCCACUCAGUCCUAUGUAAUUAAUUUUUGUUCCAUCAGAUUCUGAAGGGCAGUCUGUGAAAAUCCAUCAGCUUCUACACCAGAAUCCUGGAAACCUUGAUUCAGUCUAGUAGUAUCCAUCUUCAAAAUAUUUAUCACAUUCCUUCCCAUAAAUCCCUGAUAUAAUCCAUUUUGUUGAAAUACUCUGGUCAUGAACUUUCAGGGAGUCAGCAAAGUGAAAACUAUGUGUAGAUGACAAAGUUUAAAAAUGGCCAUGGUUAAUUUAUUACUACUAAUAAAAAAGUUGUUGAGAAUUUGUUACAAAAGUAAUACCAAGCAAAAUAAAAAUUAAACAAAUUUUAGACAAAACUUCUCUAAACAUAAUGAUUAACCCUAUUUUCAAAGAACUUCGGAUACAACAUGUAAUAUUCCUGAGACAUUAUACUAUGUAGUUAGGAUAUACCAAGAUUAUCAAGUCUCUAAACAUCUGAAUAAAACUCCAUAGGUAAACUAUGUGAAUCCUCCAGUUAAAAUCAUUAGCUUUGAUGAUGUGAGAUUCAAAUUAAAGAAAUAAAGCUGUGACCAAGUUACCAAUUUAAAAAAUACCUGAAAUUAUGACUGAUAAUAUUAUACUCUUGUAUAAUACCAGGAAUAAAAGAGACACUAACACUCAUGCAAAUUUUUAACCUAAAGAAAAUUACACAAUUUCCCUGAUUUGACAACACAUUUCACGCAACUCAUAACACAUUAAAUAAACGUUAUUUUUAGCACUUUUCCCCUUACAAAGUGGGAACAGUUAACAGGAACUCAGGAAGUCAUUAUAAUGACACAGAACCUUUGUCUUCUAGGCAGAUUAUACGGAGAUAAAGUUAACUCUUCAGUAAUUAAAGAAUUUUUUUUCUAUAUUUUCCAACAUUUAUUUUCCAUUUUCCCACUCCUAAGCAGUUUUCCAGUAUUUUGUCCUAUGCUUUCCUUUUUCUUAUUCUGGAACUACCAGUUUCUUUAGGACAAAAUUGCCCCUUUUUCCCUUAACAAAAUACAUCCCACAUACUCAAUCUAGCCUAAGUUACUUAAAAAGAUUUUAGAAAUUGUCUUUAGGCUGACAUAUUACAAAACAAAGAAAAUAAAUUCAGUUGCAUUAUUUCACGCAUAUACUGUUGUGGCUAGGUGCUGUCUAGUCAGUUUUAACUCACAGCAACCCUAUGUACAACAGCAUGAAACACUGCCCAAAUGUCCAUCAACUGAUGAAUAGACAAACAAAAUGGAAUAUUAUAUGGCAAUAAAAAGGAAUGAAAAAUGGAUACGCUGUUGUGUCUGGCCACUUUCAGCAUAGUGAUUUUGAGAUUUAUCCAUAAUGUGUAUAUCAGUAAUCAUUACUUUUUAUUUCUGAGCAAUAUUCCAUUGUAAAAACAUAUCACAAUUUGUUUAUCAUUUUCCUGAUCAUGAACGUGUGGGCUGUUUCUAGGAUUUGGCUCUGAUGAAUGAAGCUGUUAUAGCCAUUCUUGUAGAAGUCUUUUUGUGGGCCAUUGUAUUCAUGUCUCCUUGCUACAUAGCUGGUAGUGGAAUUGUUAGGUCACAGGAUAAGUGUAUGUUUGAGUUAUAGAAACUACUGGAUGGUUAUUUGUACCGUUUUACACUUCCUUCAGCAAAUAUGAGUGAUCCAGUUCCUCCACAUCUUUGUCAACACUUUAAUCUUUUGAGUUUAAGCUGUUCUGCUGAUUGUGUAGUGGUAUCUCAUUGUGGUUUUAAUUUACAUUUCCCUAAUGACUUUUUUUUUAUCAGACAUCAUAAUAUCUUAAAAUGAAAAACAAAAGAUUUGCUUUUGAGAUGGUUAAUCCUUGUUUGAUUUCAGGAUUGUAUUUUAAAAUUUGGAAAUUAUUUAGUAUGAACCAUUUUAUAAGUAUUUGUCUCUGGGUAAGAUUUAAAUUGAACUCAUCUUUGGUUAAAAUCGGAAACCCUGGUGGUGUAGUGGUUAAGUGCUAUGGCUGCUAAACAAAGGGUUGGCAGUUUGAAUCCGCCAGGCGCUCCUUGGAAACUAUGAGGCAGUUCUACUCUGUCCUGUAGGGUCGCUAUGAGUUGGAAUCAACUCGAUGGCACUGGGUUUGGUUUUUUUUGGUUUGGUUGGUUAAAAUCCUUCAGGACAGCCAACUAAGAUUUGUCAGUAAUAAAGUAGGAAGAAUGAAGGAAAACCACACCAGUACAUUUAGUAAAGUGUUGGGUGACAAUUUUCUAUAGACCUCUCAUGUUUCUGUAUCUCUUAUGAGCAGAGGCCCUCAAAGUCUUUUGUUCUGGGCUAUCUUCUUUAAGGAUUUUGCAUAGCCUUAGAAGAUAGUGUCUCCCUUGGGCAUAGAGCAAGGAUUUGUAGCUGGCCUGUAUAAUCAGAAAGGCAAUUUUUCCCUCUGGGGCAAAGGUUGGGCAGGUUUGCUUAUUAGAGCCCUGGUGGUAUAGUGGUUAAGAGCUUGGCUGCUAGCCAAAAUGUCAGCAGUAUGAAUUCACCAGGUGCUCCUUGGAAACUCUGUGAGGUAGUUCUACUCGGCCAUAUAGGGUCUCUAUGAGUCGGAAUCUACUUGAUGGCAAUGGGUUUUUUUUUUUUUUUUUGGAUAAAAAACUAGGACUUCCUAAGCUCAGGAUUCCUCAGCUAUGAGGUAAACCUGUAUAUGCAGCAUUCAUCUGGGCUCAACUUCAAGUUGCCUCAUGGGACUUAGGGGGCAAGAGGAACCAAUGUGAGCAUGAAGCCCGUGCUGUUCCAUGAGUAAUAAAGUCCUUUGUCUGUCACCCAGGAGUCUUGUGGGGAAGGUGCCAGGCUGGGCAAUGUUUCAUUCUGUUAUACAUAAUGGCACCAUGUGUUGGAGCCAACUGGAAGGCUACUGACAACAACAAGAUGUUUAGUUUUAUGAGAAACUCCUAAGCAGUUUUCCGAAGUGGUGGUAUCAUUUUAUAUUCCCAUAAGCAGUGUAUAAGAGUUCUGUUAUGAGCUUUUAAACAAAUGUUUAUAUAGGUAAUUGUGAUGGUUAAGGUUGUGUAUCAACUUGGCCGGGCCAUGAUUCUCAGUGGUUUGGCAGUUAGGUAGUGAAAUAGUUUGGCAGUUAUGUAAAGAUGUAGUCAUCCUUCAUUUUGUGAUCUGAUGUGAGUAGGCAAUCAGCUGACAAGGGAGUUUCCUUGGUGAUGUGGCCUGCGUUCAAUAUAUAUGGACAUUCUGGCAAAGUGGACUCUCUUGCUCUGGAUCCUGCAUGUGGAUCAUCAUCUUCUGACCUCUGGUUCUUGGAACUUAAGCCAGCAACCUGCCAUAUUGCCUGUCAAUCUUGGGAUUUGUAGGCCUCCACAGGUUGUCAGACAGCAGCCUGCUGUCUCACCUGUCAAUCAUGGAUUCAUCAGUCUCUGCAGCCUGUGAGCAGUGGCCUGCCAUCUGACCUACCAGUCUUGGGUUUGUCAGCCCCUGCAGCUACAUGAGUCAGGAGAAGCCUCCAACCUGAUGCCUGACCCAUGGACUUGGGACUUGCCAGCCUCUACAACUGUGUGAGCCAUUUCCUUCAGAUAAAUCUCUCUCUGCAUGUAUUUAUAUGUAUAUGUGUCACUAGUUUUGCUUCUCUAGAGAACCCCACCUAAGAUAUUUGGUACCAGGAGUGGGAUGGUUCUAGAGAAACAGAGUCAUAAGGAUGAGUUUUCUUAAUUGGUUCUCAAGCCUGACUAGUCUUAAAAGCACUGAUGACUCUGCUCCAGUAGUAAAGAUGGGGCUGCUAAUCCAUGGUGUGGGGUGGCAAUAUUAAUACUCAAAGUAUAAUCACGAGUAGAUUAAAUAUCGGUGAGAAGCAAGACUCUGAGUGAUUGCAUGUUUGGUACUUUUCUACAAUUUUGUCAAAAUGAGAAGUGUAAGGAAGCUUGUUGGUUGCCCCUACUUUCACUAGACAAAGUGUUGAAAGAAACAAAUGAGCUCAGGGCUUCAGAGUCACAGCUCAAGCUUGGCAUAAAAACCCUGAAAGUUGCCACAUGUGCCUUGAAAGUAAGCUUUAUUUUGUGUAGUAACAGAACUGAUAUUACCAAAAACCAAAUCCAGAGUCUUAUUGUAGGAGUGGCAGAGUUACAAUACCCAGUGCCGUCGAGUUGAUUCCCACUCAUAGUGACCCUAUAGGAGAGAGUAGAACUGCCCCAUAGAGCUUCCAAGGAGCGCCUGGCAGAUUCGAACUGCUGACCCUUUGGUUAGCAGCCAUAGCACUUAACCACUAUGCCACCAGGGUUUCCAGAGUACAAUGCCAAUUGAAUUCCCAACCUUGAAUGGUGUCUGAAGUUAAAGUGAGUGCGUUAAUUAGGAAGAAAUGGGAUCCUGAAACUUGAGAUGGGGACAUAUGGGCAGAUAAUCAGGCAGCUGGGGACAUUGAGCCCCUAAAUUCUACUGAAUCACUCCUGCCAAAAGAACCAGCCCUUUUACUCUCAUCUGAAGAGAUUAUUUCCUCUUUAUCUGCUAAGCCACCCUCCCCAGUAAAACUAUUGUACCAUCUACCCACAUCUGAUAUGAUUAACCCAGAUGUUUCUGAAGAGCCUUUGUCUAAGUUAUCUCCUGGGCAGUGUCUAAGUCAUUGCCAGAGUGUCACCUGGAGCAGAUACUUUACAAGACAUUGCUGAAUGUCCCCAGGACCCACCACACCACCCAUUUUUGCUUCUAGACCUAUAACUAGACUUAAGUCCCAGUGCGCCCCAAAAGGUGAAGUAAAAAGUGUGACCCAGGAGGAGGUAUGCUAUACGACAAAAUAACUGCUUGUUUUUUCUAACAUACAAACAGAAACCUGGGAAAUAUGUGUGGAAGGGCUGUUAAGGGUGUGGGAUAAUGGUGUAAGGAACAUAAGGCUGGAUUGGUCUGAGUUUAUAGAUAUGGGCUCACUAAGCACAAAUCUUUCAUUCAAUGUUUCAGAGGUUAGAAAAGGAUAUCAUAGUUUAUUUGGUUGGUUCACUGAAGCAUGGAUUAAGGAGUGGCCUACCUACACUAAAUCAAAUUGAAGUACCAGACCUGCCUUGGUAUACUGUAGAAGAAGGCAUCCAAAGGUUUAGGAAAAUUGGCAUGUUAGAUUGGAUUUAUUAGGUUGGACCCACAAACCCACCCAUGGAGUGCCCAGAGGACACACAUUUUACCACAAUGGUGAGGAACAAAUUUGUGAAAGGAUCCCCAGCAUCCUUGAAGUCUGCUGUGAUUGCUCUUUAAUACAGGUUAGAUUUGACAGUGGGAACUGUCCUAACUAUAUUAAGUCACCUAACUCAUAUGGAGAAACCCUGGUGGCAUACUGGUUAAGAGCUACAUCUGCUAACCAAAAGGUCAGUAGUUUGAAUCCACCAAGUGCUCCUUCUACUAUGGGGUAGUUCUACUCUGUCCAGUAGGGUCGCUAUGAGUCUCAAUUGACUCGAUGGCAAUGGGUUUGAUUUGGUUUUAAUAUGGGGCUGAUUGGAUCUCAUGAUGGUAGGAGCCAAGUGGUAGCACUUAAUCAACCAAGACAGGGUGGGUGUGGUUAUCAUAAAGGACAGCAGAGUCAAAGCAGUAAUCCUAAUAGUCUGACUUGUCUGGAUUUAUGGUGCUGACUACUUAAUCAUGAUAUCCGUAGGAGUGAAAUAGAUGGGAAAUCUACUAAAUAUUUACCUGAUCUGUACAAGCAAAGAACUCCAGGUCAAGUGAAUGGCAGUCUAACUUGAAUUGCCAGAAUAGAGAGUCACCACCCCUCAAUCAAUUCCCAGACUUGAGCCAGUUUACAGGACUAUAAGCCCUUGGAUGAAGGGGAUGCCAGGUCCCCUUGAGGAAGGACCCCACUGCACUUCCAAGUUUAUACUGUUAAUCUUUCUCCCAGCCUUCCCCAAAGGGAUCUAUGGCCUUUUACGAGAGUAACUGUUGGGGAAAAGGAAAUGAUCAGACAUUUUGGGGAUUAUUGGACACAGGCUCUGAACUGACACUAAUUCCAGGAGACCCAAAGUGUCACUGUGGCCCAACAGUCAGAGUAGGGGUGUAUGGAGGUCAGGUCAUUAAUGGAGUCUUAGCUCAGGUCCAUCUCACGGUGGGUCCAGUGGGUCCCCAAACCCAUACUUUAGUGAUUUCCCGAGUUCCAGAAUGAAUAAUUGGAAUACAUAUACUCAGCAAAUGGCAGAAAUCCACAUUGGAUGGCUGACAUGUGGAGUAAAGGCAGUUAUGGUAGGAAAAGCCACAUGGAAGUCAUUAGAACUGCCUCUUCCUAGGAAAAUAGUAAACCAAAAGCAAUAUUGCAUUUCUGGAGCGAUUGCAGAGAUUACUACCACCAUCAGAGACUUGAAGGACUUCCCACCACAUCCCCAUUCAACCUGCCUUUUUGGCCUGUGCAAAAACAGAUGAUCCUGGAGAAUGACAGUGGAUUAUCAUAAACUUAAUUGGGUGGUGACUCCAAUUGCAACUGCUGUUCCAGAUGUGGUUUCAUUGCUUUAGUAAAUUAAUACAUCUUCUGGUACCUUGUUUGCAGCUAUUGAUUUGGUCAAUGGCUUUUUCUCAAUUCCCAUUUCAAAAGGUCACCUGAUGCAGUUUUCCUUCAGUUGGCAAGGCCAGCAAUACAUUUUUACUGUCCUACCUUAGGGUUGGGAGACCUGGUGGUGCAGUGGUUAAGUGUUCGGCUGCUAGCCAAAAGGUCACCAGUUUGAAUCCACCAGCCACUCCUUAGAAACCCUAUGGGGCAGUUGUGCUCUGUCCUAUAGGGUCACUAUGAGUCGAAAUUGACUUGACGGCAAUCGGUACAGGUACCUUAACUAUAUAUCAGCUCUCCAGCCCUAUAUCAUAAUUUAGUUCACAGGGACCUUGAUCGCGUUUCCCUUACACAAGAUGUCACACUGGUCCAUUAUGUUGAUGACAUUAUGCUGAUUGGACCUUUUAAGGAAGAAAUAUCAAUGACUCUGGACUUACUGGUAAGACAUUUGUGUGCUAGAGGGUAGAAAACUAUUCAAACAAAAAUUCAGGUGCUUUUCACUUCAGUGAACUUUCUAAAGGUCCAGUGAUGUGGGGCAUGUUGAGAUAUUCCGUCUGAAGUGAAGGAACAUUUGUCACAUCUGGCCUUUACUAGAACUAAAAAGGAGGCACAAUGCCUGAGGGCCUCUUUGGAAUUUGGAGACAUAUGUUUCUCUUUUGGGUGUGCUACUCUCACCUACUUAUUAAUUGACUUGAAAAGCUGCUAGUUUUGAGUGGGUCCCAGAACAAGAAAAGCUCUGCAACAGGUUCAGCCUGCUGAGCAAGUGGCUCUGCCACUUGGGCCAUAAGAUCUUGCUGAUCCAAUAGUGCUUGAAGUGUCAGUGACACAUAGAGAUGCUGUUUGGAGUCUUUGGCAGGCCCCUAUUGGUGAGUCACAGCACAGACCCUUAGGAUUUUAGAGCAAAGCUCUGCCAUCCUCUGCAGAUAAACACUUUCCUUUUGAGAAACAACUUUUGGUUUGUUACUGGGCUUUAAUAGAGACUGAAUGCUUACCCACAGGCCACCAAGUCAUCAUGCAGCCUGAACUGCCCAUCAUGAACUGGGUGUUGUCUGACCCACAGAGCCAUAAAGUCAGACAUGCACGGGAGCACUCCAUGUUUAAAUGACAGUGGUAUAUAUGAGAUUGGACCUGAAGGCACAAGUAAGUUACAUGAGGAAGUUGCCCAAAUACCCAUGGUCUCCACUCCUGUCACAUUACUCACCCUCCACCGGUCUGCACCUCUGGCCUCAUGGGGACUUCCUUAUGAGCAGUUGACUGAGGAAGAGAGAACUCGUGCCUGGUGUACAGAUAGUUCUGCAUGAUAUGCAGGCACCACUCAACAGUGGGCAGCAGCAGCACCACAGCCCCUUUCUGGAAACUCUCAGAAAAACAGUGGUGAAGGGAAAUCCUACCAGUGGCACAACUUUGGGCAGUGUAACUGGUUGUUCACUUUGCUUAGAAGGAGAAAUGGCCAGAUGUGUGAUUGUAUACUGAUUUGUGGGCUGUGGCCAAUGGCUUGGCUGGAUGGUCAGGGACUUAGAAGGAACAUGAUUGGAAAAUUGGUGACAAGGAGAUGUGGGGAAGAGGUAUGUGGAUAGACUGAAUAGACCAUCGAAGUGAAGAUAUUUGUGUUUCCUGAAUGCUCACCGAAGGGUGACCUCAGCACAGGAGGAUUUUAACAAUAUGGUGAUAGGAUGACGUGUUCUGUGGAAACCAGUCACCCUCUUUCCCCAGGCACUCCCUCAUUGCCCGAUGGGUUCAUGGACAAAGUGGCCAUGGUAGCAGGGAUGAAGGUUAUACAUGGGCUCAGCAACAUGGACUUCCACUCAGCAAGGCUGAUUUGGGUACAGCCACUUUUGAGUGCUCAAUCUGCCAGCAGCAGAGACCAACACUGAGUCCCCAGUACAGCACCAUUCCUCGAGGUGAUCAGCCAGCAACCUGGUAGUAGGUUGAAUAUAUUGGACCACUUCCAUCAUGGAAAAGGCAGCAUUUUGUUCUUACUGGUAUAGACAAUUUCUCCGGAUACAGAUUUGCCUUCCCUGCACACAAUGCUUCUGCCAAAACUAGCAUCCGUGGACUCACGGAAUGCCUUAUCUAUUGUCACGGUGUCCCACACAGAGUAGCUUUGGAUCAGAGGACUCCACAGCAAGUUAAGUGCAGCAGUGGGCCCAUGCUCGUGGAAUUCACUGCUCUUACCACAUUCUCCAUCAUCCUGAAGCAGCUGGCUGAAUAGAACAAUGAAAUGGCCUCCUAAAGACACAAUGGUGGUGUCAGCUAGUUGGCAAUACUUUGCCGGGUUGGAGCAAUGUUCUCCAGAAGGCUGUAUAUUCUUUAAAUCAGCAUCCAAUAUAUGGUGUUGUUUCUCCCAUAGCCAGGAUUCAAAGGUCCAGGAGUCAAGGAGUGGAGAUAGGAGUGGCACCACUCACUAUUAACCCUAGUAACCCGCUUGCAAAUUUUUUUUCUUCUUGUCCCUGCAAUGUUAUGCUCUGCAGUCUAGAGGUCUUAGUUCCAAAGGGAGGAAUGUUCUCACCUGGAGAUUCAACACAGAUUGCAUUGAACUGGAAGCUGAGAACGCCACCAGGCUACUUGGGGCUCUUCAUGUCUCUGAAUCAACAGGCAAAGAAGGGAGUUACCAUAUUGGCUGAUGUGAUUUUGAUCCUGACUACCAGGGGGAAACUGAAUAUGGUGUUGCAUAGUGGAGGUAUAGAAGAGUGUGUCUGGAAUACAAGAGAUCCCUUAGGGCAUCUCUUAGUACUAUCAUGCUCUGUGAUUGAAGUCAAUAGAGAACUCCAGCAACCUGAUUCUGACAUGACUACUAAUGGCCCAGGCCCUUCAGGUAUAAUGGUUUAAGUUACCCCACCAGGCAAAGAACCAUGACAAACUGAGAUGCUUGCUGAAGGUAAAGGGAAUACGGAAUAGAUGGUGUAAGAAAGUAGUUCUAAAUACCAGUUACGACCAUGUGACAGUUGAAGAAAUGAGGACUCUAAUUGUUAUGAGUAUUUCUUCAUUGUUUUAUUAUAAGUGUAUGUGUGCAUAUAUAUAUAUAAAAUAUACAUAUAGUAUAUAGUUUUGUUUUCUUCCCUUAUAUAAAAUAUAAAAUGUAAACAGGGCUAGUGUGUUUUCAAUUGUAUACAUGUUAGUUGUAUCAUGUUAGGUGCAAGUAUGACUUUGCAAUUCUCUUUAUUUAGAGAUUGUGCAUGGUUUAAGGAGCUGUGUACAAGUGUCAAGUUGACAAGGGGUAGACUGUGAUGUUUAAGGUUGUGUGUCAACUUGGCUGGGCUAUGAUUCUCAUUGGUUUGGCAGUUACGAUGUAAUUGGGCAAUUAUGUAAUGUUGUAAUUGGUACUUAUGUAAUGACGUAGUCAUCCUUCAUUUUGUGAUCUGAUGUCAACAUCCAAUCAAUUGAAAGGGAGUUUCCUUGGGAGUGUGGUCUGCAUCCAAUAUAUACAGACGUUCUGGCAAAGCUCACUCACUUUCUCUGGAUCCUGCAUCUGGGUUGUCAUCAUCUGACCUCUGGUUCUUAGGGCUUGAGCCAGCAGCCUGCCAUGUUGCCUACUGAUUUUGGGAUUCAUCAGCUUCUGCAGCCUGUGAGUCAGUACUUGCCGUCUUACUUGGCAAUCUUGAAUUCAUCAGCCUUGGUAGCCUGUGAGCCAGCAGCCUGCUGUCUGAUGUGCCUAUCUUGGGUUUGUCAGCCCCUGCAGCUACAUGAGUCACGAGAAGCCUCCAGCCUGACGACUGACCCACUGGGGACUUGCUAACCUCUACGACCGUAUGAACCAUUUCUUUAGAUAAAUCUGUCUCUCUCUCUUUAAUAUAUAUAUAUAUACGUAUAUAUAUACACACACUUCACUGGUUGUGUUUCUCUAGAGAAACCAGCCUAAGACAGUAGUCCAUUUUUGUUGUAAAGAAAUUAGAAAAUAUAUGUGAGUAAAGAAAAUAAAUCACUGUAAUUCCACUACUAAAAAAACCAACCAAACCGAUUUCCAUCGAGUUGGUUCCGACUCAUAGCGACCCUAUAGGACAGAAUAGAACUGCCCCAUAGGGUUUCAAGGAGCACCUGGUGGAUUUGAACUGCUCAUCUUUUGGUUAGCAGUCGGAGUUCUUAACCACUAUGCCACCAGGGUUUCCGAAAUCCCAUUGCUAGAUAUAAUGAAUUAACAUAUUGGUGUAUGUUCUUCUUGAUUUUUACUAUAUAUACUAUUUUUUAUAAAAGCUGGGUUACGCUCCAUACAUUACUCUGUAUUUUGCUUUCCCCACUUAACAUGGGAAUAAUUUUCCAUCCUGGUAAGUAUAGAGUUACACAUUCAUUUUAAGUAGCCAAGCAGUAUUCCUUUGCAUCAAAACCAGAAGCCUGAAACUAUAUUGAAAGUAGUCAUUUGGCUGUUGUUGUAUCUUUAGGUUGUUUUCAUCUCUCUCUUUUUUUUAAAUACAUAAUAUUGCAGCAGACAUCACUGUACAAAUAUAACUGUAUACCUCUCUAAUUAUUUCUUUAGGAUAAACUCCAAGAGGAAUUGCUGGUUCUAAACAUACAUGAAUUUUAAAGGCUUUUGAUACUUUUUGCCAAAUAACCCUCUAGCUCUCUGUUUUUUACUUACUUUGUGACCUUGGGCAUGUUGCUUAACCUUUUUGACAUCAGUUUCAUCAUCUACACAAUGGAGAUAAUGUGAGAAUGUAUUGUUUUAAAGCAGUUAGCACGGUAUCUUGUACAUGGUAAAUACUCAGCGGUAGAUAUUAUUACUCUUUUUUUUUUUUUUUUGAGUUCUUCUAGUUCAUACAUCUGCCUGGAGUGUGUAAGAGUUUGGCUGCUCAACCUCUCAAGUACUUCACAAAGGAUUGUCAUUAAAAAAAAAUCUCAGCUAAUCUGAUCAUUUGUAUUCCUUCUUUUGUCAGUUGCCUAACUUCGAUGAUGGUCCUACCUACCUCUCAAACAUUGGGAUGAAUGGUAGAACACCAAGUUGCUGGAACUGUCUUGAACAAUUAGGAGUCAGAAACAGAUGAUUAUCCUAUAAACAAAUUCAGUAAAUCUGGUACCUUCCUUUAAACAUUUGUUAACUUCUACUGUUGGUAUCGAUGGUAGCUUUACGAUUCAGGGAAGAAGAUCCACAAUGCAUUUAGAGGACUCAGUAUAAAUCAACCUUAAAUAUGUAUUCGACAUUAUUACUUUUCCAUGAUGGCCUGAUUUAUUAGGCUAAUUUUAUGGGACCCUAAUUCUAACGAAAUGAAGUAAAGCUACAUAAUAAGCUCAAAUUUAUUUAAUCUGUUUUUUUUUUUUUUGUAGGAAAAUAAUCAGUGAACUAAGGUGUUUUUGCUAAGUUACAUAUCCAGAAAAUAACAGAUACCCUGAGCACUUUACAUUAUGAACAUCACAAAUGUUUUCAAGCCAUUUACUCAAGAGCUUUUUAAAUUUUCAGCAUUUAACUCUGAGUGGAGGUGGGGGAAUAAGGAGUAGAAGGUAGAAGGAGAAUACAAAAGAAAUGUAUGAAGCGUUCCCAUCUUGGCUUUAUUUUUGGAGUUCACAAACUUUCAAAAGGGGGAAUAAGUUCCUGAUUUUUGCCUUUUUUGUGAUAGAGUCUAAAACUAACUAAGGGGCACCAGGAAGGUAUCUCUGGGACAGCUCCUCCCUCCCAAACCGUCCUGAAUGUACUAACAAGAAACAAACAAAACAAUCCUUUGCUUUCCUCUCCUCCACUAUUUCAGAGAUUUAAGAAAUUAGUAAAAUGCCUUUACACCCUAAUCUGAAUUAUAGUAUUCAAACAAUUAUUUUCCAACACCUUAACGAGAUUAUUCACUCAUUGGUGUCCCAGGGCUAAUAAAGGAGCGCAUGGUCAUUUGGAAGAGGGUAAGCCUGAUCCAAUGUCACAGGGAGUGCUUUGAGCUGCUAGAUGAUGGUAUUAGAGCAUGUGUUCUUGGCAAUUUGCCUAAUUUCUCUGAGCCUCAGUUUUCUCAUUGAUAAAGCAGGGAUGAUGAUUUAUAGCUUGCAAUUUUGUGAGGCUCAGAUGGGGGAAGUAUGCGAAUAUCUUGCACAGUUAAUAAUCACUAUUACCAUUCUAUGACUCCAAGGCAACACGUUUGGUUUUUGUUUUUUUAUUACCAUUCUGGCACCAGAUUUUGGUGUGGUCUGUUAUAAAAGUAAUAAAUCUAAUUUAGAAUCGCAGACAGCUUGCAUCCAUCUUACAAUUUUGCAGUAUGUGUGUUUGGCUAGCUUAUCUUCUCAGAGGGUAGAAGAUGAAUUUUAGUAGACUUAAGCUGAAAGUUGAAAACUUGAGUUUAACAUGAAAAGCAUUUAUCAUGUUAAAUCUGUCUAAAUGUGUUCACACAGAGUCCAAGCACUGUGUUGGAUUUUAUUUCUUUCUUUAUGAGUUCUAUGUCCCAACACUUGAACCACUGAAAAAAAUGGAGACAGGUUCAAUUGGAGAUUCUAACUGUACUUAUUAAAGCCUCAAACCAGACUCCUUCCAGUGGUGUGCUGGUAAAUGUUUAACAAUUGGCUCUCUUGGUAUAUAUGUAUGUAUUAUAAAUUUUAUUGAUAUAAAGGAUGUGUGGACUGGUUUAGAAACCCUGGUGGCAUAGCGGUUAAGUGGUACGGCUGCUAACCAAGAGGUCGGCAGUUCAAAUCUGCCGGGUGCUCCUUGGAAACUCUAUGGGGCAGUUCUACUCUGUCCUAUAGGGUUGCUGUGAGUCGGAAUUGACUUGAUGGCAGUGGGUUUGGUUUUUGGGUUUGUGGACUGGUUGCUUUCUAGGCUUGUUACAGGGUUAUUAACUUAGGAUUUCCCUUUUAAUAUUUCUCUUUGAUUACUCUUUGCUUUAUUACUCCCUCAUCUUGGUGGAGUACAUGCUUAGUAAUAUCCAGAGAAAGGGUAUGGAGUAAGCAAAUUUUGUGAGUCCUUACAUGCUCGACUAUGUCCUUAUUCUCUCCUCAUACUUGAUUGAAAGUUUGGGUAUAGAAUUUUACUUUGAAAAUAAUUUUUCCUCAGAAUCUUGAAGGAGUUACUCCAUUAACUUCUAGUACCUUGGACUAUUGACAAGCCGAUAAAUAGGUUGGCACAUCCUUUUAUUCCUUUGGAAGAGUUUAGGAUUUUUCUUCAUUUUGGGGUUCUGAAAUUUCAAAGAAAUGUAUCUGGGUCUGUCUUAGUCAUCUAUUGCCGCUAUAACAGAAAUACCACAAGUGUAUGGCUUUAAUAAAGAGAAAUGUAUUCUCCCACAGUCUAGAAGGCUAGAAGUUCGAUUUCAGGGCACCUGCUCCAGGGGAAGGCUUUCUCUCUCUGUUGGCUUUGGGGGAAGGCCCUUGUCAUCAAUCUUCCCCUGGUCUAGGAGCUUCUCAGCAUAAGGAGCCCAGGUCCAAAGGAUGCACUAUUCUCCUGGCUCUUGUUUCUUGGUGGUAGGAGGUCCCCCUGUCUCUCUGCCCACUUCUUUCUUUCACAUCUCAAAAGAGAUUGGCUUAAAACACAAUCUAAUCUUGUAGAUUGAGUCCUGCCUCAUUAACAUAACUGCCAUAAAUCCCGUCUCAUUAACAUCAUAGAGAUAGGGUUUACUACACAUAGGAAAAUCACAUCAGAUGACAAAAUGGUGGACAAUCACACAAUUCUUAGAAUCAUGGCCUAGCCAAAUUGAUACACGUAUUUCUGGGGGACGCAAUUCAGUCCAUGACAAGGUUUAUGUCUUUUUUCACUCAUUCUGAGGGACACUUGAUGGGACUUUUCAAAACGAAGAUCCGUGUCCUUCUUUAGUUCUGAGAUAACCUCUUGUAUAAUGUCUUCGAUAAUUUUCUCUCCUCCAUUUUUUCUGAAACCUUAUCAACCAGAUCUGAGGCUUCUCAGAUCGACUUUUUCUGACUGUUACCUAUCUCAUACUUUCUCUAUAUUAUCUGUUAUGUAUCGAAUUAUGUUCCCCAUAAGGAUACCCUGGUUGUGUAGUGGUUAAGAGCUACGGCUGCUAACCAAAACGUUGGCAGUUCAAAUCCACCCGGCACUCCUUGGAAACUCUAUGGGGCAGUUCUACUCUGUCCUGUAGGGUUGCUAUGAGUUGGAAUCGACUUGAUAGUAAUGGGUUUGGUUUUUGGUUUAAGGAUACCAAGUCCUAACCCCCUUUAACCAUAAAUGUGACCCUGUUUGGAAAUUGUUUUUUUUUUGGUCGUAUUAAUGAGGUCAUACACGAGUAGAGUGGAUCUGAAACCCAAUUCCUUCUAAGUGGUGUCUUGUAAAGGGGAGACAGACACAGAAAAACACACGGGGGGGAAUGCCAUGUGACCUUGAGGACAUAUGUAUCUACAAAUCCAGGAACCUGAGGACUGCCAGCAGCUACUAGAAGCUGAAAGAGACAAAGAAGGACCUUCUUCCUAGACCUGAUGCCGUAAAUUCAGACUUCUAGCCCCGAGAACCAUGAGAGAGUAAAUUUCUGUUAUUUAUGUUCCAGCAGCACUAGCUAAGAUACCGUCUUUUAUUUUCCAUUUUGGGAGAUUUCCAAACUUUAUCUUCCAAACAGGUCAAAUAAUAAUAACUUUAUCUUCCAAACGGGUCAAAUAAAUCUCUGGGAAUGGGGCUUUGAAGGAGCUCUAACCUUGUUCUGCCCCCUUUAGUGUCUGCAAGUCUUCUGGUUUUCACCAUGACUGUGGGAUGUUGGGAAACCCUGGUGGCAUGGUGGCUAAGUGCUAUGGCUGCUAACCAAAGGGUUGGCAGUUCGAAUCCACCAGGCACUCCUUGGCAACUCUAUGGGGCAGUUCUACUCUCUCCUAUAGGGUCGCUAAGAGUCGGAAUGGACUCAACGGCACUGAGUUUGGUUUGGUUUGGGUUUGAGUGGGAUGUUAAUUUUCAAAGCUACAAAAAAGCUAGGGAAGGGGCUAUGGGAAUUUGUUGUUCAUUGCCGUGGAGUCCAUUCCAACUCAAGGUGACACUGUGUGUUACAGAGAGCUGUUUUCUUGGUUGUAAUCUUAAGGAAACUUAAGAUCAUCAGGUUGUUUUCCAUGGUACUGCUAGGUGGGUUUGAACCACCAAACUUCAGGUUAGUAGUCCGACACAAAUUAGAUGCACCACCUGGGAGAUGUUGUUAGUUGCCAUUUCCAACUCAUGGUGACCAUCUGUGUGCAGAGUAGAGCAGCUCCAUAGGUUUCCAACGCUGUAAACUUUUUUUAAAAUAAUUUUUAUUGUACUUUAAGUGAAAGUUUACAAAUCAAGUCAGUCUCUCACACAAAAACCCAUAUACACCUUGCUACACACUCCCAAAUACUCUCCGCCUAAUGAUACAGCCCACUCCCUCCCUCCACUAUCUCUUUUUGUAUCCAUUUCGCCAGCUUCUAACCCCCUCCAUCCUCUCAUCUCCCCUCCAGGCAGGAGAUGCCAACAUUGUGUCAAGUGUCCACCUGGUCCAAGAAGCUCACUCCUCACCAGCAUCCCUCUCCAACCCAUUGUCCAGUCCAAUCCCUGUCUGAAGAGUUGGCUUCAGGAAUGGUUCCUGUCCUGGGCAACAGGAGGUCUGGGGGCCAUGACCACUGGGGUCCUUCUAGUCUCAUUCAGACCAUUAAGUCUGGUCUUAUGAGAAUUUGGGGUCUGCAUCCCAUUGCUCUCCUGCUCCCUCAGGGGUUCUCUGUUGUGUUUCCUGUCAGGGCAGUCUUCAGUUGUAGCCAGGCACCAUCUAGUUCUUCUGGUCUCGGGAUGAUGUAGUUGCUGGUUCAUGUGGCCCUUUCUGUCUCUUGGGCUCAUAAUCACCUUGUGACCUUGGUGUUUUUCAUUCUCCUUUGAUCCAGGUGGGUUGAGACCAAUUGAUGCAUCUUGGAUGCAACACUGUAAGCUUUUGUAAUAAGAUUGCCAGGCCUGUCUUCUGACUCGCCUCUGGGUGGGUUUGAAAGCCAAUCUUCCAUCUUGUACCUGAACACUUAACCAUUUAUGCUACCUAGGGAUUCCGGGGGGCUAGAGUAAAUUGAAUCCACCACAAAGCUUGCUGUUCUUACUAUGACUAAAUGAUUUUUUUUUGAAUAAAUGCUAUCUGGAUUGCUGCAAGCCUUUGAUUAAUUUCCAAAGUUCUGAAAAAGUUGAUUCUGACAAUUUUUGAAGACAGGAACAGGAAUGCUUCAGAAAGUGCAAAAGGACAGUGUUGACUGUCAGAAUGAGAAUCAAAAGUCAGAAUCAUUGAUUUUUUAUUUGUGUACUGAUAAUUUUUUUUUCUUGUUGAUUUCUGACUUAGGAGACCCCAUGUGUUAUAAAGUAGAACUGUUCCAUAGGGUUUUUUUUUAAGCCGUAGUCUUUACAGAAGCCUGUCACCAGGUCUGUUUCUUCUAUGGUGCUGCUGGUUGGGUUUGAACCACUAACCUUUUGGUUACCAGCCAAGUGCAAACCAUUUGCACCACCCAGGAACCUUUGUGUACUGACAGAUUUUAACCAUUUAUUAUUUUUUUUCAACUAAGGAAUCAGGAAAUUUAAGGAGAAUGAAUUAAAUCAUUAUUAUAAA